CUUUCAUUAAUUUUGUUUUUAUUUGUUGAUUAACCGAUAAUGGCGACAUAUCUCGGUGAACAGACUAACUAAUGUUCGAGAGUGUAUUGGGGUUGUGUUUGUGAAUUUGACGUUAUGGAAAAAUUAAGUGAAUCUGAAGGUACUCAACCUACCAAAACAUUGAUUAUACUUUCCAAGCCACAGACAGAUAGGCAAUCUCAAAGUGGAGAUAGUGGUGUACCUCAAAGUCCAAAUAAAAAUAUAGAAAUGAAACCUCCAACAGUUCUUUUAAAAACAAGAGAAGGAUCUGAUAGAGAUACCAGCAGAUCUUGUUCACCAGGAGUUUCUUCUCCUUCAUCAAAUCAAAGUUUUCUUGAACGUACUAAAGAAUCAGAAGGAACAGCAUCGACUUUAACACAAAAUAAUAAUUCUCAACCAGUUUAUCAUAUUCAACAAAAAACAUCACUAAGUAGUCAUUCUACAGUAGAAGUUGGAAAUGAUCAGAAAUUAUGUCCAUCACUUGAAAUGAAUUCCCCUGUAAAGUUGGUAGAUGAAUCCUUACAAUGGUGUGACAAUGCUAUGGAAUUUUUGCAAGAUCAAACAGAUUUUUAUGUAAUUGGAGUUGUUGGAUUACAAGGUUCUGGUAAAUCUACAGUUCUGUCAAUUUUAUCUGGGCAUUAUGGACAGGAUGGAGGAAAAAUGCUUUUCAAGCAUCAAACAAGAGAACAUAAAGAAUUAGGAGAGCAUUGCACUGUUGGAAUAGAUGUAUAUGUUACAAGUGAAAGAGUAAUAUUACUAGAUACUCAGCCCAUACUUAGUGCUUCUGUAAUGGAUCAAAUUAUACAAUAUGAAAAGAAAAUACCAGGAGGUACUGAUUAUCAUUCUACAGAAAAUGCUUUACAAAUGCAGUCUUUACAGAUAAUUGCAUUUUUAAUGGCUGUGUGUCAUACUAUCAUUUUAGUUCAAGAUUGGUUUGUUGAUCCAAAUCUUCUAAGAUUUAUACAAUCUGCAGAAAUGUUGAAACCAGCAACACCAACUAAUCCACAUGAAGGAACACCUGCUCCAGAAGAGAAUACAGAAUAUUAUCCUCAUAUAGUAUUUGUUCAAAAUAAAUGCCAGAGAGCAGAUUAUUCUCCAAGCUGUCUUAUUGAAAUGCAAGAAUUGCUGUCAUUAAUAUUUCAAAAGUCUAAAUUAAAACAAGCAGGACAUGUAUGCAUGGAGUUUUUUUCAAAGAAAUAUUAUCAAUCUUCAGUAAAUCUCUUUCUUAUUCCGGAAAUUGGAGAAGAACAAGGCAAUGGGGAAGAAAUUAUUACGGAAUAUUCUGGACAUCCCGGAUUUGAAAGUUUAGCGAAUUCUUUCAUUCGUCAAGUACUUUCCAUGCCACGAAGUCUCUUGACGCACACCGCAUUAUCCGAAAAAAAUUGGUUUCAUUACGCGGCCAGAAUUUGGGAAACAGUCAAGAAAUCAAGUUUAUUUUUAGAAUAUAGCAGAUUACUUCCAUAGAAUUUUAUUUAUUUAUAGUGAAAAAAUUUUAUUUCCACAAAAAUAUACAUCUUGGUGACAUAUUCCACUGUACAAUUAUAAAUGUUUAUUUUGUAAUAAAAUGACUAAUAAUA